AUGUCCGCCCCCGAACAAGCCGAAUUCACCUUCCUGCCCCUAGGCGCAAUAAUCCAAGAAUUCCGCGUCGGCGGGCAGAACAUCGUCCUCGGCUUCCCAACACAAGACCACUACGUCAAGCACAACACCCCGCACUACGGCGCCACAAUCGGGCGCGUCGCCAACCGCAUUAAAAACGGCCACAUCGACGUCCUAAAUGGCCGCGAGUACCAGCUCAAUCAGAACAAUGGGCCCAAUGCCCUGCACGGCGGGCCCACGGGCUGGGGGAAGCGUGUCUUUGACGGCCCGCAUACUGUCCAGCGUCAUGGCCGCGAUGCCCUCUUGUUCAAGUACCGCUGUGUUGAUGGCGAGGAGGGGUAUCCUGGUACCGUUGAGGUGCGCGUUUGGUAUACGGCUAGUAAGGAGGGCGAGGCGAAGACCGUUUUGACGGCGGAGUAUGAGGUUGAGUUUGUUGGUGAUGAGUGUGAGGAGACGGUUGUUAAUAUCACGAACCACAGUUACUUCAACAUCGGCGCAGGCCCUACCAUCGACGGCACAAUCGCCCAACUCGCUACGGGCGAUUACCUUCCCCUAGACGCAACAGGAAUUCCAGAAGGCAACAUCGCCACCUUCCCACGCGACGUGACGAAGCCGUUUACGCUUGCUUCGAAGGGCGCUCAUAUCGACGACGUAUUCGUUAUGGAGACCGACCCGGCUAAAAUCCCACUCGACACGCGCGGUUUGCCGCUGCGGCGCCUGGCGCAGUUUAGUAAUGCUGACACGGGGCUGCAUCUGGAAGUUCACAGUACGGAGCCGGCGUUCCAGUUUUAUACGGGGAAGUAUAUUGAUGUUCCUUCUAUUGAUGGGCGGGCGGCGCAUACGGAGGGGGCGGGGUUUUGCGUUGAGCCGAGUCGGUUUGUUAAUGCUGUUAAUGAGCCGGAGUGGAGGGGGAUGGUGCUGCUUAAGAGGGGGGAGGUGUUUGGUUGUACGAAUGUUUAUAAGGCGUGGAAGGAUUAG